AAGCAAAAUGGAGAAACUGUUGACAAGGAGGAAGAAACCCCAGAAGAUGGCAAGGCCGCUAGUGACGAUGAGGAAGAAGAUGAGAAAGACAAGGGAAAGAUAAAACCCAAUUCUGGUAAUGGUGCAGACUUGCCAAACUACAGCUGGACACAAACCCUGCAGGAAGUGGAGAUCCGUGUCCCAUUCAACGUGAGUUUUCCCCUGAAAGGAAAAGAUCUGGUGGUCAACAUUGAGAAGAAGAAAAUCUCGGUGGCCCUGAAGGGACAGCCGCCAUUGUUGGAGGGCACCAUGUACAACGACGUCAAAGUGGAGGAGUCUACCUGGUGCAUACAGGACAAGAAAGUCGUGCUGAUCAACAUUGAAAAGGUGAACCAGAUGGAGUGGUGGAGUCGUGUGGUCACCACAGAUCCUGAGAUCAACACCAAGAAAGUCACCCCAGAGAAUUCCAAGCUGUCUGAUCUUGAUGGAGAGACGAGGUCGAUGGUGGAGAAAAUGAUGUUCGAUCAAAGACAGAAGGAAAUGGGCUUGCCGACCUCUGAUGAGCAGAAGAAACAAGAUGUUCUCAAAAAAUUCAUGAAUCAACAUCCGGAGAUGGAUUUCUCCAAAUGCAAAUUCUCAUGAGACUUGUGAUACUUGGUUCAAGAAGUCAUCGUUGUCAUUAUCAUCAUCGUCAUCGUUUUCAUCUUUUUUCCUUCAUUUUUAAAAAUUGCUCUCCUGCCUGAAGUGGGCACAGAGUGUUACUGCUGUUGUCACAUGAACGAAUGACAUGAAGUGGUUUUUUAUCGGUAUUACCCCGACCUGCUGGUCGUACAUUUUAAGGACACUACUUAUACAGCCAAGUAGAGGACAGGCGUCAUUCUUAUGCACAUUCAGGUCAGAGAAUUGGUACAUGCGGUAAAAAGUAUUCUAUUCUUGUUAUUUAGAAACUGUACUAAACUUGAGAUAGUGGCCCCAAAUGACAGGUCAGAGAAUUGGUACAUGCUGUAAAGAGUUCUCUGAUUCUUUUUAUUUAGAAACUGUUCAAAACUUGAGGAAAUAGUAACCUGACACGAUAGGGCUGAGAAUGAGUUUUACAUUUUACUCCAGCAUUUUGGCAGUCAAAGUGUAUAUGAUAUUUGUUUGUGUUUUCUUCAAUGUUUACAUUCAAGGCUUGGUUAUUCGUGUUGUUUUUCCACCUGCAUUAAUAUCUUCAGAGCACAUCUUUGUUUGGUUUGGUUCCCAGAAUGCCUGUGACUGAAUGUGUUGAUUAUGAUUAUAAUGAAUAAUUGUUUCUGAUGUGAUCAAUAGACGUGAACGGAAUAAAAAUUUUGUUUUACACAUCA